GCUGUUCAGUCAUCUGACGCGCGCGCUGUGGACACUUCGCAGCAACGUUACAUCGAGGGCCACCGUGUCUCUCAACAUAUACCCACUUCCAGCUCCCGCGACUGUUCAGUUGUUCGCUCCACAGACACUUGCGAACCUGCAGAACCUGAGGUUCGGGGAGAAUUCUCCUGAAAUGCCACCAGCGGCUUGAGAGCUCCGCUUGUUUCGGUCGCUCGGUGGCUCCUGGGAGAGGAGAAGGACGAGGAGGCGGGGGGCGAUGCCAUGAAAAUCAGAGCAGGCGAGUGACUGAGAGACCGCUGCUCCUCGCUAAUCACGGAGACGGUGAAGGCGGCGGGGAUGCUGAGCGAUGGAUACGAGCGGGAGAAGCCACGUUAGGUAGCGGUUACGAGGACUCGGAGGGAGCUCGACGUCUCUCGCACAACUUUGGUCGCCGGCGCCGGAGCUCGAAGAAGGAUGGAUUUCAGCCGGCUCCGGAGGAUCAUCACCAGAUACUGUGUUGGAGAGGAGAACUGGGUAGGGAAUCGAACGGUCCAUAUUGGACAUAAAGAACCCCCUUCAUGUGCUGAGGCGUAUAUGCCUCAGGAUUAUCCUGACAACCGCAUCGUCUCCUCCAAGUACACUUUUUGGAACUUCAUCCCAAAAAAUCUUUUUGAGCAGUUCCGGAGAAUUGCCAACUUCUACUUCUUGGUGAUAUUUUUGAUCCAACUUAUCAUUGACACUCCCACCAGUCCAAUCACCAGCGGUCUGCCCCUCUUCUUUGUCAUCACGGUCACAGCCAUAAAGCAGGGCUAUGAGGACUGGCUGAGACACAAAGCGGACUGCUCCUUAAACGAGUGUCCAGUGGACGUUGUGGAACAGGGGAAGGUGGUGAGGACGCAAAGUCACAAGCUACGGGUGGGGGACAUUGUCAUGGUUAGGGAGGAUGAAACCUUCCCCUGCGAUCUCAUCCUUCUUUCCUCGAGCCGAUACGAUGGGACCUGUUUUGUCACCACCACCAGCCUGGACGGGGAGUCUAGUCACAAGACAUAUUAUGCUGUACCAGAUACCAUGGCCUUUAGAACAGAGCAGGAGGUGGAUUCACUACAUGCCACUAUUGAAUGUGAACAACCGCAGCCUGACCUCUACAAAUUUGUCGGACGCGUCGACAUUUACAAAGACAAACAGGAACCUGUGGUUAGAACACUUGGAGCAGAGAACUUGCUUCUGAGAGGAGCCACAUUGAAGAAUACAGGACACAUUUAUGCUGUUGCUGUCUACACUGGCAUGGAGACCAAGAUGGCUCUGAAUUACCAGUCAAAAUCUCAGAAGCGCUCUGCUGUGGAAAAGUCAAUGAAUGCAUUUCUGGUUGUUUAUUUGUGCAUUUUGAUCAGUAAGGCGGUGAUCAACACUGUCCUCAAAUACGCUUGGCAGUGGUCCCCUGAUAGAGAUGAACCCUGGUACAACCAUAGGACUGAGAUCGAGCGUCAGCGCCACGUGGUGAUCCGAGCUUUCACCGACUUCCUGGCCUUCAUGGUUUUGUUUAACUACAUCAUUCCAGUAUCCAUGUAUGUAACGGUGGAGAUGCAGAAGUUUCUCGGCUCCUAUUUCAUUGCUUGGGAUGAAGAAAUGUUUGAUGAAGAGCUGGGGCAGGGUGCUCAGGUCAACACCUCUGACCUAAAUGAAGAGCUAGGACAGGUGGAGUAUGUUUUCACCGAUAAGACCGGCACACUGACUGAGAACAACAUGGAGUUUAUUGAAUGCUGCGUUGAUGGAAAUGUUUACAUCCCUCAUGCAAUCUGCAACGGCCAAAUCCUCAGUGCUGCCUCCAGCAUAGACAUGAUUGAUUCAUCACCUGGAGGAUACAGGAGAGAAUACGAGGAUCUGUUUUUCCGGGCAUUGUGUCUGUGUCACACAGUCCAGGUGAAGGAGGAGGAAACAGUGGAAAGCAUAAAGAGGGGCAUCCACCAGGGCAAGUCCACCUCCUUUUACAUCUCUUCCUCCCCCGAUGAGGUGGCUUUAGUGGAAGGGAUGAAAAGGCUUGGCUACACCUACCUUAGACUGAAAGACAACUACAUGGAAAUCCUUAACAAAGAUGACGAGAUCGAAAGGUUCGAGCUGCUCCAUGUGCUCAACUUUGACUCCGUCAGGAGGAGAAUGAGUGUCAUAGUUAGGUCGAGCUCAGGAGAAUACCUGCUGUUCUGCAAAGGGGCCGACUCGUCCAUUUUUCCUCUAGUUGUAUCCGGAAAGGUGGAGCAAGUGAAAGCCAGAGUGGAGCAGAAUGCUGUAGAGGGGCUGCGGACUCUGUGCGUGGCAUACCGAAGGUUGUCAGAGUCGGAGUAUCUGGAGGCGAGUCACCGGCUGACCGAAGCUAAGAUAGCCCUGCAGGACAGGGAACAGAGGCUCGCUCAGACCUAUGACAUCAUCGAGAGGGAAUUUGUUCUCCUGGGUGCCACAGCAGUGGAGGACAGGCUCCAGGAGAAAGCUGCAGACACAAUUGAGUCUCUCCACAAAGCGGGGAUGAAAGUUUGGGUGCUCACCGGGGACAAAAUGGAGACGGCAGCAGCCACGUGUUACGCCAGCAAGCUGUUCCGGCGCAGCACACAGAUCCUGGAACUGACCAAGAAACGCACUGAGGAGCAGAGCCUGCACGAUGUCCUGUUUGAUCUGAACAGGACCGUACUCAGACAGCGCUCCAUUUCCGGCCUGUCAGUAGACUGCCUCGAUUUUGGUCUGAUCAUCGACGGAGCCACUCUUUCUGGAGUAUUGAAGCCCAACCAAGACUCUGCUGGUCAUGGCAACUACAGAGAGAUUUUUUUGGAGAUCUGCCGCAACUGUAGCGCCGUUCUCUGCUGUCGCAUGGCACCACUGCAGAAAGCCCAGAUUGUGAAGCUAAUAAAAUCUUCAAAGGAGCACCCGAUAACUCUUGCCAUUGGCGAUGGAGCCAAUGACGUCAGUAUGAUUUUGGAAGCCCAUGUGGGCAUCGGCAUAAUGGGUAAAGAAGGCCGACAAGCAGCUAGAAACAGUGACUACGCCAUCCCCAAAUUUAAACACUUAAAGAAGAUGCUACUGGUUCACGGCCACUACUACUACAUCAGAAUUGCUGAGUUGGUUCAGUACUUCUUCUACAAGAAUGUUUGCUUCAUUUUUCCUCAGUUCCUUUACCAAUUCUUCUGUGGGUUCUCACAGCAGCCUCUGUACGACACCGCCUAUUUAACACUGUACAACAUCAGCUUCACCUCGCUCCCCAUCCUCCUGUACAGCCUGGUGGAGCAGCACGUCACUAUGGAGACACUGAAGAGGGAGCCCUCCUUGUACAGGGACAUUGCAAAGAAUGCUCUCCUCCGCUGGCCUGCCUUCCUUUAUUGGACGUGCCUGGGUGUGUUUGACGCCGUCAUCUUCUUCUUUGGUGCCUACUUCCUCUUUGACAACACCACCUUCACCAGCAAUGGCCAGCUUAUGACCACCAACACACAGAUGAUGUUUGGGAACUGGACGUUUGGCACUCUCGUUUUUACUGUACUCGUCUUCACUGUUACACUCAAGCUUGCCUUGGACACACACCACUGGACGUGGAUCAAUCACUUUGUCAUCUGGGGCUCCUUACUGUUUUAUGUUAUUUUCUCUCUGCUCUGGGGUGGCAUCAUUUGGCCCUUCCUGAACUAUCAGAGGAUGUACUACGUCUUUAUGCAGAUGCUGUCCAGUGGGCCGGCCUGGCUCAGCAUCAUACUCCUCAUUACAGUCAGCUUGUUGCCAGAUGUCAUCAAAAAGGUCCUUUGCAGAGCCGUCUGUCCCACAGCCAGUGAAAAUGCACAGAAUCAUGACGAGCUGUUUCCUGAUGGCGUGGCAGAGUGGUCCACGUUGUCUUUUGGGCGUUCCUGCAAAGGCACGAGCACAGAAUCCUCUCGCCUCAACCUCGGAGCCGCAGAAAAGCUGCCCGUUCUUAGGUCCGACCGUCUCCCCCACAAACUUCUGGCUCAUUUGGCCGACGGGGCAGCGGCAGACCUGUGUUCUCUCAGCGCUUACAUGCUGCGCCUUUCAGGGGCAGGGUUCGCCUACUACGCUCCAGGACCGGAGACCUCUGUGUAGAGAAGCAAACGUCUUUGUGAAUCUCUUAAACUUGUAGAGAAGAAAAGAAAAAAAAAAAAAACAAGAUGUUUGUGGUGGUUGUGUUGGAAGAAUAGAGUUUUUCUAGAUCCAAACAAACUAUGUCGAUUGACAUCAGCGGCGUGGCCGCUCCAUGCUCAGUUCACCAUGUGCUUUUUCUGAGCUUCACUUAUGUGGGCAGCCUCCUCAUUUUCAUACUUUUGUGGUUCAUCGUCUUCUUUAAAAUCCAGUCAGACUUCUUCUUUUGUAUUCUUUCAUCUUUUGCCUGUUCCCCCACGUUCUGUCAUCUUUUCAGCUUCUUUGUAAAUUUCAGUUACAUCUCACGAUCUGGCCAAGUAAGGGGAAGCUGUCAAGCUCAGCCCUUUAUGUAUGCGUGUGUGUGCAUGUGCGCAAGAGUAUGCACGAUUUUUUGCCUGUUCUUGUGUGUUUGUAUCGGAUACAUUUCUGCCUUACUGGGGACACAGCAGCAGACUGGGAGCCAAAGGGGAAUAGUUUUUUUUUUUUUCAAAAAGCAAAGUAGGUUUAUGACAAAGCCUUAUCAACACUCAUACACAUCACCUGAGGGGAGGAGUCAGAAAGGGGCGUGCAGAAUUUUUUUAGCCACCUGCCUUAAUUCAUAAAACCGUUUUCAGUGGGUUUGCUCCAGCAUAUUGUGGAAUUAAAGAAGCAUUCUGUGGUAGACAGUCACCACCAUUCUGUCAUUUCUCACACUCUUCAUCAAGUCUUCUGCCUUCAUGCUGGACCACUAUCCUCUUCUGGGACUGCAAACGCUGUGUGCCCCCUCCUGCCACCAUGUGGCCAGAGAGGGGAGCAGCCUGGGACUGAAAUUGGGUUUCGGUGUUGCCGUUGCAACACGCUUGUUUAUUUGCUGCCAUGCCGUGUGUCAUACAAGCGUUAUGUCGCAGUACUAAGGUCCUGUAGGCAUGAUCCGAGGGGUUGUCUCCUGCGUCGCAUUAAUGCAUGGGUUCUUUUGUAUUGUUCUGAAAUUAUUGAUGUCAGUCACUGUUUUUAUGUACGGAUAUAACUUAAGGAGUUUUCUAUAUUUCAGUAAGAGAUGGUGUCAUAGAUAUAACACUGCAGCUUGUCAUAAGUAGACGAAAGACUUGAAUCAGCGACGUCACAAUCAAAUUAGGAAUGUUGAACGGACUUGUCCAUCAUGUCCUCCAGCUGACGAUUGUAGCUCAUAAUGGAUCAAUAUCUUUUCUGCAUUUUUAAACAGAGCAUGUAUCUUUUUUGUUUCUUGUUUUCAUAACAGAACUUUUUGGUCGCUGAGAAAACUAGAUUCUAGAAGUCCUGAAUGUGAGAUUUUGGAGCAUUUUUUUGUACGUUUAUACGUUUUAUUUUCACACAGAUUGCCAUCUACCAGCUUGUAUAGAUUCAAGAAAAAGUUUUCGAUAUUUUUCUAUGGGGUUUAAAAAGUCUAAAUUUUAGUAACACCCCCCCCCCCCCCCCCCCCCAUCUAAGCCUCCAAAUGUUUUAGGACGUAUAGGGAGCUUCACACACCCUGACCUCAAAGGAGACGCCUUGGUGCUUGAAUUACAGCGACCCACCUCACCGUGUUGGUGCAAUACUGCUUAUUCAGCAUUCAGCAUGUCACAUCUACAUCAUUCGGUGUUCAUCAAACAUGUUUUUCUCCUCUUUUUUCCUUUUGUACCUGUAUGUUUUAACUCUGUUAGAAUGUGUGCUCAAGUUUGUAACCAAAAUAAGAAGGAUAAUAAUAUGACUAUGUGAUUAGUAGACUCACACUGCACUUUGGGUUUCAACAGCCUAGAAAAAAGGUUUGUCUGUCUGUCAGCAGAAGUUUAUCGUUUACUUUUCCUCACAAGUUAUUUUUCUAAGACGAUUGUGGAUGGGAAAUAAGAAAGAAAGAAAAAAAAAAAAGACCAAAUAAGUCGACUAGGAAUGAACUGUGUAGGUGUUCGCCUGUGUCGGUGGGUUUGUUGCACCAGCUUUCAUCAGAAUGUCAAACGGCUUUUUCUAAUUCCAUCAGCACAACAGCAGGUGUUCAUGUGGUCACUCCUGAGCUCGGCAAAGGUCUGAAAUGUUGGCUGCUGUGCUCUGAACAGCAUGCUUCAUAUCACACCUUUAGUAUUAUGAUACUGUUUGUAUUACUAAAGAUUUCUGAGAUUUUCUUUCUCUUUUUGGAUAACAUUUCAAAGGUCCACGUGUUGACUUUUUGCCAGCCUGUCUGUAGCAAACGAGGGCAAAGCCCUGUUUUGUCAUUCUGCCUGUAAUAAAGAGAGUGGAGACUAUUUCU